AUGGCGUCUCAAGAAAUUCCUCCCGGUAUCAAGGAGGCAUGCCACGGUUGCUACUACGUCAUCAUCGUUGUCAUGUGGCUACAGGCCGCCAUUACCAUCGUUGCCAACUUACUCGCAAUUGCUGCUUUCUUCCGCGCCAAACGCAUCUGCCGUAAAAUCUCCAACUACUUCAUUUUGAACUUGUCCAUUGCGGAUCUCCUGGUCGGCGUCAUGGUGAUUCCACUGAACAAUUUGUUCGUGUACUACGGUUACUGGCCUUUUGGUAAAAUCGCCUGCAAGUUCUGGCUCUUGUUUCAGUUCGCAUGCACCGUGUUGUCAGGCUUUGCUUUGGUUUUGAUCAGCUGGGACCGGUUCAUGUGGGUGAGGGCGCCCUUGCUUUAUAUCAGCUACCAGUCAAAAAAGCGCGCCAUUUCUGUCAUCAUGGCGACCGUUCUGGCUUCGUAUGUCUUCGUGUCGGUGAUUGACGUGGAGUGGGAGGAGCUAUCGGGAGUGCGCAACAUCAACUACACGUUGGAAUGCGCAUCGGAGGGGAUCCACUCACUGGCUUACGCCAUGGUGACGUUGGUGUUCGAGUUCCUGCUGCCCAUGACGUUACUGACGUCAUUCAACGCGCUGGUGUUCGUCAAGAUCAGGAGGAUACUACUGGCUAGACAGCGGACCGAGUCGGGAACCAUCAGCAUGGGGAUUGACGACGCGCAUGAGCAGAAGCACAGCUCGUCUUCUGGAGGAUCUGGGUCUGUGUUAACCUCGGGUGAUGCCGGUGCCUCUCCCUCCAACCCCCGUAUGCCUGGGUCCCAAGCCUACCGCAAAUCCGCCAUCAUGCUUGCACUCAUGACAGGAACAUUCCUAAUAUGUUGGUGUCCAUGGUUCAUCACAGUAUUCAUUAAUGCUCUAGGAGUUCCCGUCAGCCCGUACGCACUCUGGGGAGUUUCAUAUUUGAUGUUUUUCAACUCGGCCAUAAACCCGUUUCUUUACGCGUCAACUAAUGUGCACUACAGGGCUCAGAUGAUGUCAUUUUUAUGUUUUCUUCGUCGACGAUAG